AGGAAGGUGUGGGGAGAGCCAUGCUAAGCUUUGUGGUCUCAUUGGAGCCUUGUACAGCAGCGUUUCUUUUUUGUUCUUUCAGCGGUAAGGAGUGAGCAUCCUGUGGGGCGAUGGGAGCGUGUGAUCCCAGCUCAGCCUUGGGUCAUGUGGGAGUUAGGGGGAGGAUCUGAGUGGAAAGUGCACUUCUGAAGCACACAACCCUGUAAACACACUGAUUUGUGCCAAAGCUCCUUGGAGGGUGUGGGCAGAGCACUCAGUAAACAGUGCAAGGAUAAGUGAGGCUGGUGUUAGCAUGGAAGUGUGAUGCCCUGCCCAGCACCAGGCCUCCCCUCCGAGGUGGGCAGCAGAGUGGCUCCUGAUCUCUUGGGCGCCCAGACCCUGCGUUGGACAUCAGCUGUGUGGUAAUGGGCUCAGCUCAGCAGUGUGGAUGUAUGUGGGGAGGGCAUGGAGGAGUCGGGCUCUCUGGCGGUCUCAUGUUGGCUGGUAAGCUCAGACACGGCUGCCUCAGGCAGAGCAGGGCAGGAGGGCAGUUUGCUGGGGGUCUUGCAGCACUCUGUGAGGCUGGGAUUUGUCCCGAAGCUUCUUGCUGGGGCUUUCUCAAAUAGCAGCAUCACACACAGAACCGACUUUCAUCACAGACUGCAGGACGCUGCCCUUUUUACAAAAGGGAAAGAGACCUGUCUUUAUGAACAUUACUUCUAGUUGUUCAUAUUCUCUGUGAUGCCACAUCAGGGCCACGUUUUUUCCUUCUUUUUUCCAUCUGUAUGUCCAUAAUUCAGUUAUUCUGAUAACUACAAUUCUUUUCAUAGCAGGACCCAUUUUUACUGUUGCACACCCCCUGGCACAACAGAACUGGGUCCAUGGCAACGUUGUUAGGCUGCCAUGGCGAUGCAGUAACUGUUUGCUUUGUUUUCAGGCACGUCAUGUCUGUUCCUCCAGAUCUUCAUCAGCAGUAUUUGCAGACUUGCCAAAACCUGAGCCAACCUGAAAAUCACUUUGUUGCUCGUGUGCUUCAAGAAGCUGAUAAAAGUGAUAAUAUCAGACAGACAAAAGGGAUCACGUUAAAAAUAGCUGGAAAUAAUCACUUAGUGCCUGUGCAGAGAGUGACAGAUGGAGAUGUUCAAGUUCUUGCCUCUGUCUUACGCCGUGCUGUAUUUGUCACUGGUUUGGAUCUGAGAUAUAAUGAUUUGACUGAUGUUGGAGUAAGGCACGUGGCAACGUUCCUCCAGGUGCCAAAAUGUUUCUAUUACAGAAGUGUGGUUUAUUUGGCUAUGGAAAACUCAACUCUGCGAUACCUUAACCUGAUGUUUAACGAUAUUGGCACGAGUGGAGCUGAGCUGAUAGCAAAUGCUCUCCAUAGCAAUGAAACUCUUCUGCAUUUGAGAUUGACUGGAAACAAAAUAGGCAAUAAGGGUGGAAUGUACUUUGCUUCAAUGCUACAAGUUAAUUGCACCUUAGAGAAGUUAGAUCUUGGAGACUGUGAUGUGGGUACACAGUGUCUAAUAGCAAUAGCAUCAGUCCUGACUCAGAACAAAGCAGUCAAAGCAAUAAACCUCAAUCGUCCAUUGCUGUACAGCCAGGAGGAAGAGACCACAGUCCACAUAGCUUUGAUGCUGAAAAAUAAUUCUUCUCUUGUGGAACUACAUCUGUGCAAGCACGAAAUUAAAAGAUUUGGUGUAGAGCGACUGUGUGAGGCGUUGUAUGAAAACUGCAGCCUGAGAUACCUUGAUCUUAGCUGUAAUAAAGUAACUCGUGAGGAUGUGAAAUUUUUGGGAGAACUACUGAAACAGAACCAAACUCUGGAAAUCCUAGAUCUUAAUUCAAACCGAAUAGAAGAUGAUGGAGCUAUCUACUUGAGUGAAGCUUUGGCUUUGUACAACAGGACUCUUAAGGCGUUGUCAGUAGUGAGCAACAAUAUAAGUGGCAAAGGGCUGGCAGCUCUCUCACAAGCAAUGAAAAUAAAUGUGGAACUCUCCUACAUUUAUAUUUGGGGGAACAACUUUGAUGAAGCCGCCUGUACGGCAUUUUCAGAAUUAAUUCAGGCAGGCCGCUUGAAACCUGAUUGCACAGAUGUGGAACCGUACGAAGUGGACGGGCACGUUCACCUUGCAGAGCUCUCCCAUGGCCUUAAAAAGCAUUACUACUGGACACCAAGCUAUGGGGAGGUGAAGAACGCUGCUGCUAAUGCCAGUCUGGCAAUUGCAGCUGUUUCAGAAUAUUUCUAAGGUAGGUCUCAAGAAUGAGAAGAAUCCCUACAAAAAUUCCAAGUUUCCCCCAUUCAUCUCUGAAGGAACUUACCAAUAUCGUUAAUCACCACGUACCUCCAAAAUGAACUCCUUAAGCCUAAGAAUGAAUGUGCAGCUGACUUCCAUGCAUCUAUGGGCACAAGGUACCGUACAGAGCUGCUUCUUCAGGCCCUGGAGCACCCAGCCUGAACACUCCUACAAAUUCAAUAUAUAUCUCUUUCUAUAUAUAUUUAAAAUCUAUAUUCUAUUAAAUGAAUACCGUUGAUAGAGAUCAUACCUCAGCAGCUGAGAUAUCUGCACAAAAGAUGAGGGUAAGAAUCGAGGUUCUCAGAUGAGGACUGAAGAGUGCAGUUCACUAAAUUAUUGCUCUAAGUCAAAAUUACGACCUGUGUAUUCUACUAAGAAAGGCUAAAAGUGUUGUUUUGUAAAAAAUAAUGAUUAUUUUCUUGUCUAUAAAGAAAACUAAAUGACUACGAAAGAAAGUGGUACUGUUAUAAGCAUCUAAACAAAUCCUGUAUAAAUCUAAGUACUGUUUUAAAAAGCCUGAAAAUCUAAGAAUACAGCAAUAGCUAUUAUUGUAGAAAUAUAAAAACAGUCCAAACAAACACUGUUAUGGAAUGCAUUUUCUAAGUAGGAAUGUAGUUACUUCUUCCUAGAGCAAAACAGCUCUUGUCCUUUAUUCUGAAUUUUACAUUAAUCCUCAGAUAACAAUAGUGUAUCAUUAGUUUAUCUUCCAGAGUUGGUUAAACAUGAAAUUUAUCGAGCAUACAGUGCUGCACUUUGUCAAUACUCAUGGCUAAGUCUAUGCCUAUGCCAAGACUCUUCCUCUGUUUUCAGAAAGUGAAAGUAAAGAGGAAUCUUAGAGCAAGGUACAGCGUUCACUUUGUUAAAUGGAGUCAGGAUUCUGCUCUUUGUGGUUCUUGAAUGCUAGUUGGCUACAGAAUCAUUCAGCUCCUAAUCAACAACAGCAACUUGGAAGAAGAAAAAGCCAUGGGAGAAGCAGUAGUAGGGAACUGCCAAACAAAAUCUGAGAACUUCAUCUAUUGCCCUGUGCCAGCCUUAUGAAGGGCAUCAGCUGUACGUAAAUGGUGCAGGAUGGAUAAGCAAAGAAAUUAAAUGUCAAGAAGUAUGGCAGUAAUUAGCAAACAAAGUGAAAAAUGCCUGCAUUCAACUGUUCCUGGGCCACUCCAUGCUGCCUGUGGUAGAUUUUAUCAUUAAAUUGGCCAUAUCUUAUGACUUAAAACAUGAUCAAGAAGCAGAGUUCUAACCGUGCCCCAUACCAAGAUGACCAACACAAAGAAAUGAAAGAUCUGUUACUUCCCAAGUACAAAUGUGGAGGAAAAAAAUCUGUAGUCAUGCUCAGGAGUCAAGGGACCAUCUGCAGAGCAUUUAAAUGAAAUCCUCCAAGAACUUUUUCACAAGGCUGUUUAAUUAAGGGGCAGAUUAAUUUUUACUCCAUGUAGAACACAGUUAGUUAAGAGGUAUCUCCUAUGCCCUUCUAUUUAUCAAUGUCUGGACACAAGGCAUCAGUGGGAAUAAAAUGCUAGCACCAAAGAAAUAACCAACAAGUGAUAUCUUUAAACGUAUUUGUGGCACAGUCAUAAGACUGCUUCCUUACUAUUUGAUGAUUACUUAGGUAACAUUUAUACCAUGUUAAUGGCACAAACUGGCAAAAUGGAGCAUAAAAAAAGGUACUCCUACUCUUAACCAGUGUCUUUAAUGAUCCUACAGAGAACCUAAAAAUGCUUUGUUAAAAAAAAAUAUAAAUUGCUAAUAGUAAAAUAUACCUUUGCAAGAGUCUUGCUAGAUACCAAUUACAGUUACUGUGGAUAUGCAACACGAAAGGUAAAUGAAUACAUAAAUACUUCAUUUGAAACAAAUCCCUGCUUGGGAGAAUGUUAAUCUGCCCUGUUGUAUUCUUCCUCAAUGCCCCCUCAAUAGCAGUCAUGCAGUAUUUUCACAGUGAAGGGCUGCAUUUGUUUCUUCUUUUGUACCUACUGACCAGCACCACAAGAAGCACAAAAAUGAUCAUUAUGAAGCUAUGGAUCACACAUCACAGUUCAGUCAAUGCAUCUUUUCACCUCAUCUACAACACCCAUGUUCUAGCUCUUCUGGUGAGCAAAUGCUGCUGCUUGUGCCAAAUUUGGGACAUUUCAGACAUAUGAAAAAAAAAUCUUGGACAAGUUACAACACUAGAUUCACUUCAAAAACGAGUGACUUCUUGGAAAGAAUACACAGUAGUACCUAUGCCAUUAGAACUCUCUGGGUUAUCAUGCUAAAGAAACUCUCCUUUACUUGCCCCAUCAGGGACAUAAACACAAAGCUUUCUGUCCCUCUGGUCAGACUUCAGCUGAAGAUGGACUGCUUCUCACAGACAGCAGUAAUUCUUUGAGAGGACCUUGACUGAGCACUGGCCUACCUGCCAUCACGUACCAUUACAGGACCUCAGGAUGCUCUUUAGCACAUUCAGAUUAUGACUUUCCCUUAAAAACAAACAAACAAACAGCACGUUGCCUAGGACCACAUCCUAGCAGCUUUUGAAGAUCCCCAAGCAAGGGGACUCCAGCAACCUCUCCUGGCUACCUGCUCCAGUGCUCAGGUGAUACUGUCACACACCAGAUGGACAGAAACAUAACAGGAGAUCUCCAAAAUGCAUUAGAGUAUUUAACAGAGAAUACUUAAGGCAGGCAUUGCUGGAAAACACGUAACUCCUGGAAGUGUUAAUUGCAAACAGAAGGUUGAUUGUACAUUAGCACAAUGCAACAGUGACAAAAAAAAACCAAAAAAAAAGACAGCAUAGUACAAUGGAAACAGCUUACAACUGCCUUUACAGAAAGGAAAAAAAAACCCAAGAAAAUUCAAGAAGUGACUGCUUGAUUGAUUACGUUCAUCUUUACCAAAGGUAUGCGAGUUCUCUGCUGGAUUUCUUUGCUGGCUCUACAGUGUCAGUAUAAUUGCUGCAAGAAAAUGAACUGAGGUUCUGAAUAUCCAGUCACAGCAGAUCUCAGUAAUGUUUCUGAUGAUGGGGACUGACUGCCUGCCACAGGAAGAAGCAUCUGAUGGUCUUCAGUACCAAUGGGAAGAGGAAGCGGCAAAGACAUCUCAGAGGGUUUCACAUCUACAGACUCUGAUAAAGGACUCUUCUGACUCUGAAGGGAUUCUUGAUCAUUGAAAGAAUUAUCAAGUGUAUUGCAAUCAGGGGGAGUUUCAGAUCCUGGCAAAAAAAAAAAAUUCCCAAUCAUUUAUUUUCCCCAGCAAUUAGCAUAUGGAACAAGUUAGCAAAUGAUGCAGGAAUUGUUAUUAGCAAGAGCUAAGGAGGACUUGUUUCCAGAGAGCAUGAGCAACUGCUAUUAGAAGUCUUGCUACAGAUGGCAAAACUCUACAAGAGAAAGAAGUGUCCUUACAUGGAGGAAUAAAAAUGAACAGACAAAUUUGUUGAUGUUGAUGACAUGAUGAUGACUGUUGAUGACAAGUCAAUAGUUGAUGCUGCUUCUGAACCUUUCUUUACACAAGGAACUUACCUGUGUGAACUUUUGUUUUGUGCUUCUUAAGGUUUUUUAUAUCUGUGUAAGAAUUUCCACACAGUUCACAAAUGAAUGGUCUUUCACCUGAAAAAAAGUUCGACAGAAUAAUCUUAAAAGUGAAAGAAGACGCAGUUGCUGACACAGGAUAAUGGGUUUCUAAGUUGUAUUUUAAAAAUGCAUCAUCAUAACUGCAAGCUGUUUUGUCUGUGCCAUUAUUCAGAAUAAGAUUGUUUCCAGAACAGUAGAUUAAAACAAAAAAAGCCUCAAUGCUCAAGGUAAAGCCCUUACAUCAACACUUACACUGUUACAUGCAGACAUGUGUCUGAAAUAGGCAAUUAAAAAAGUCACAGACAUUUUCUUUAAAUUACUUUCAUGCUGAAAUACAUACAUUAAGAAAUUACUACUCUUAAGUGCAACACAAUAUGGUAUUUUUUAUAGGCAAAAGGGAAGAAGUAGAAUCUUAUUUAUUGUGCAGGAAGCAGCCUGUCUGGAAACUGACCUGUAUGGGACCGAAAAUGUUUAUUGAGUUCUCCAGAGGAAAUAAAACUCUUUCCACAGAUGCCACAGAUAUAUGGCUUCUCUCCUAAAGUAAACACAAGGAGUUUGUUAUUUCAACAUAUAAACCAGAAUAUACAGUAUAAAGAACAAAUUAAAAUGAAACAGAUAAUAUCCAAUGGGAGAAAGAGCUCCCUAAACCAGAGUCAAAGAGAAAGAACACGAGAAAAGAACUGGUUGAGAACACGAGAGGUGACCCCCAGCUCCUCCCAAUGCUGACUUCCUCCUCAUUACCCAUCCCCAACCCCUCUGCAGCAGCCAUCUCCUGCCAGGCCUGGUUGGGUAUCUCCAUGCAAGGUCUCCCCUUACCUGUGUGUUUUCGGGAAUGGGUGAUGAGAGAACUUGAGACAGCAAAGGCUUUUCCACAGGUGUCACACACGUAAGGCUUCUCCCCGGUGUGGCGACGCACGUGGUAGGUGAGCGUGCUGGCCUGAGCAAAGCGCUGACCGCAGCGAUCGCACACGUAGGGCUUCUCACCACUGUGCUUCCUGGGAACAAACAGACAUCAGGGGUCUGCUGGCACAAAGGGAACUCACCCUCACUGCUCAGUGAUUUUCCUCAAGUUUCUUCUGCUUUCUCCUCACAGUGGUGUUCUGUGAACUAAAACACCUCAUCAACUGGGAGCUGAUUUUGAGUCCGCAGUUUCUCACUGAGGGAAAUUCACUGGGAAUGAGGGCAUCAAUGAUUCCUUCUUCAUUCCUUCUUCCUCCUUACUUCAUAGAAUGAUAGAAUGGCCUGGGUUGCAAAGGACCACAGU